CCCCACACGCGAUCUCUCUAUUACACUGUUUUCCUAAAUCCGAGAGUCUCUGUGCGUCUCUACGAUUACGAUCCAACGGUCUGAAAAUAACAAAGUUCCUUAUGCUUGCCGCUUGUUUCGUAGGGUUUGAAUCAAAAUCGCUGAAUAGAAGAGAUCGAUUAAUAAGCCUAACUAAGCCAUGGCUGCUAAGAUUCUUGCCAACGUAAUUGUGGCUGGAUCUGUUAUAUUAGGAAGGUCUCUUGCGCAAGCUUACCGCCAAGCACUUGCAAAUGCUUCAAAAUCUAGAGUUGCCCAAGAGACGAUACAAAACACCAUUCGUGAAGGCAGCAAAGUCAUGACAGAGCAAGAAGCUCGACAUAUUCUUGGUGUUAGUGAAGGAACUGCUUGGGAAGAGAUAUCGAAGAAAUAUGACACAUUAUUUGAGAGGAAUGCCAAAAAUGGGAGCUUCUAUAUUCAAUCAAAGGUUCAUAGGGCUAAGGAAUGUUUAGAACCCGUCUACUGAGCCAACGGCGAGGGUAACCCUAGUUGAGGGUUUUUUUUCCUUAAUAUUAUUAUUAUUAUUUUUAAAACAGAAUAUAUUACUACUUUCUCAUAAUGAUCUUUGUAGUUUGUUUUGCCUUUUGUGUUCCUUUUUCAGAAUGCCAAAUGCAUCUUAAAGGCUUGUAUUGUAUGUUGAGUUUAGUAAUUUGUUGGUUGAAAUUAAAAUAAUAAAAUAUGUAAGCUGGAGUGAAUUGCAAAUUAAUAUACUUGUAUUGGGAUUUGGUAAUGAAAUCUACAUUUGAAAAUGAUGUAGAAGGUUACCAAA